AUGUCGUCCAAAUUGAUUCAGUUCCAGCUUCCCAGAUAUGUUUGUUUCCCAAUCUCAGAGCUCAGUUUUCAUCACCGGACUUCGAAUAUCUUUCUAAUCCCGACUAUUUUUCCGGGUUAUGCUGAGAAGUUGCCUCCGAGUUCGAAUUCAAUUUCAGUAGUUGCAAGGAAGAAGAUAAUACCAUUCUCAACCCAGCUUCCAUCUUCGUCGUCUCCAGAAAAUGGAGAAGAGGACAAAAAGGUUGAAGAAGAAGGAGUAUCAGACUAUUCAAACCACGUAGAAACCGCAAGAGAUGCUUUACGGCAGUAUUUGGAAGAAGAAAUUGGGGUUUCCAUGGAGGAAUCCGUUGAAAUCUCGUCCAACUCUCCGAACUACGUCGACAUGUUAAUUCACAGCAUUGGAGAACUCGAGGAAGUAUCCAGUCUAUCCUCCGCCGCUGCGCCGCCGUCGUGGUCUGAAAGUGACCAACUAUCCUUCCGUUCAAAGGUUUACGAAAUGGCUAAAUGGAAAGGGGACAAGGGUAUUCUUCCUUACUUGGAGAGCAUCGGCCUUACUCUGUCUUCUGCAUCCCACUUGGGCCGCAGAUAUCUAUCCUCUCACACUCUUCCUACUCUAAUUCAUCAGGUUAAAUAUGUGAGGAAACUGUUCUUUUCUGACAGUGAAGAUGAUGGAGGGCUUGCCGGAAAUAGUGCUCGUCGAAUGAUGAUGUACCUUUCUAUCUCUGUUGACGAGGAUAUCCAACAAACUUUAUCCUUCUUUGAGAAGAUCCAGGCACGGCGUGGCGGUUUGGAAUUGUUGGGCUCUGGAGAUGCCUCCUUCCGACAUCUUAUCGAAUCAUUUCCAGCUCUUCUCUCUCUACCUUUAGAAUCUGCUGUGAAUCCUAUGGUUGAAUUCCUUGAGGAAAAUGGUGUACCUAGAGGGAGUGUUGGGAAAAUUUUUCUGCUGUUUCCACCCAUAUUAUUCUUUGACCUUGAAAAGGAUCUUAAACCUCGACUACUGGCAUUGCAGAAGGUUGGUGUUGAGUACAAUGAUUAUGCCAUCCUGAUCCAGAAGUACCCAUGGGUUCUCUCAACUAGUAUUCUCCACAACUUCAGAGAGAUCCUUAGUUUCUUUGAUGAGGAGAAGGUGCCACUAGAUGGUGUUACUAGGGGUAUAAUAAACUGGCCCCUGCUUUUGGGUUGUUCAGUCAAGAGGCUGAAGAUGAUGGUGGAGCAAUUUCGUGAACUGCAGAUAACAAACAAGAAGCUUGGUCGAUUAAUAGCGAGGAGCCCUCAGUUGCUAGUACAGAAAAUUGAGGAAUUUGUUGAGGUUAUAACGUUCUUUAAAGAUCUGGGACUUGAUGAUGCAAGUAUUGGACGAAUGCUUGCUCGACGUCCUGAAAUUUUUGCUGUAAGCAUUGAAGAAACGCUUAAGAGAAAGAUUGGUUUCCUUACCAGUAUCGGCAUCUUGAAAGAUCAUCUCCCACGAGUUGUUAAAAAAUACCCAGAUAUGUUCGUUUGUGAUGUUGACCGAGCACUACGUCCCAGGGUGAAAUACUUGAUGAAGAUUGGUAUAUCAAAGAAGGAUGUGGGAUUCAUGGUCCGUAGAUUUUCACCUUUGCUGGGAUACAGCAUUGAAGGAGUUUUGAGGCCUAAGUUAGAGUUCUUGAUACGCAUCAUGGAAAAGCCAUUGAGAGAUGUAGUAGACUAUCCAAGAUAUUUCAGCUACUCGUUGGAGAAGAAGAUAAAACCUAGGUAUUGGGUGCUGAAAGGCAGAAAUUUAGACUGCAGCCUCAAAGACAUGUUGAAUAAAAACGACGAAGAGUUUGCUGCUGCGUAUAUGGACGUUGGAUCAGGAACACAUCUACAACCAGUUGAAUGA